GCCGACAGUCCACUACUGUUCAUCGGAGUUUUCAUCCGCUCACAUCUUCUGCGGAGAAUCGGGGCCAAGGAACCCCAGAACAGCUACGGACUACACCCCCACGGGUUUGCGGCUAUUCGGUGAUGCAACCACAAGUAUCUAGCCUGGACGUCAGAGAUCCGCUAAUCCGGCCGAGGUGCUUAAUCUCCUUCCGCGGCGGCAGUCCGUUUUCCCGAUGGACCAAGCGUGAAAAUAUACCGAGCACUCGGUUGCAGGCGCUUGAGGGCGGCUGUGGGCGUUGACGAACAUGCCGCCAAUGGAAGAAAGCCGACCUCAAAGCCUCUCAAAGAUCAACAACCGUGUCAGAUGUCUCAUCGAUGAGCUCAUCCCGGGCGCAGUCUUGGGAGAUACCUACUUCGGGGGGCUGUCACCUUGAAACCGGCCAUCUAUAUAUGGUGUAUCGCAUUCGCCGGGCUCGUUCAAAACCUGCUCACCGAUACGGCAUCAUAUUCCCACGUCCUCGAUGCGUUGAUGCGCCCUGGCAAGCGAAGAAGAUUCAUGCCAAAGUUACUUAUGGCGCACAGACAUUGACAGUAGAGCGGUGGCGGUUAGUAACAAUGAAGCUUCGACACGGCAGUGCGCGCUCGAAUCUCGAUGGGACGGCCUCAAAGAACUCCGUCCUAUUCGUCUGCAGUCCACGACACGGAUCCAUACUGCACGCUUUGCAAUGUCGCUGACCGGCCUCUGUCCGCUUUGUGCUCAGAAAGUCACAACCGGGGACACAUGUUUCAUCUCGUCGUAUGCCCCGAGCCCGUUCUCAUCUUCUAUGAUCCUGGUUGCUGGUGGACCAUUGGAUCGCGAAUGUGAUGAUCUCCAGCUUUGGCAUACUGCAGCCUUAUCCGAAUGUGAUCAAGUUCUGCCAGUGUGCUGGGAAACACACAGUAUCAUAUGAUCACGGACACCACAGAAUAAUAAUAAUAAUUGAUUCAUUCGGACCGACCUCCGAGCCUGUCGUACGGCCCGAAUAUUCCGACUGGAAGGAGCUGAAUGUACCUCUGCAGCCAUGAAUCGAGCUCAGUGCUACAUAGCAUACAUAUAUACUCGGCAUCGAACUUCGCUUAGACUUUACGAACGUCUUCGAGUCCUCGAGAUUCUCGAGCACAGCAAGCUGUUGCCGGAUCUUCAUUGACGAGGUCACCGUCACACCACCCCCACCAGAUCCCUCGAAGCUUUCGUGUGAUGAUUUCGAACAUCGGCACUCCUCCGAGUUCGUCAUUCCCCGUCCGGGCACCAAGCGGGCCGGGCUCGCUACCACCCCUCAUCAAAUUCUACGCGAGAAAUCCGGCGCCCUAGUCAUUAGCGAACUCCAUAAAGAUGGGCGACCCUACCCCACGGGGUUCCGUGUGCAGGUAUUCUCUACCCCACACACAACUGUCGUACUAUGGGCGCGGACCUGCAGCUCGCGCAAUACCGGAAUGCCUAUCUGCUGUCGCUCUCGGCAGCCAUGGGGAGCCUGUUUUACGGCUGGGACAUCGGGAUCAUCGGCGGGGUCAUCUCCCUGCCGGCCUUCAAGACGUAUUUCGAGGUCGCGAAGCUCAGCAAGUCCGGACAGGCGAAUCUGAGCGGGAACAUCGUUGCUAUCCUGCAGGGCGGAUGCUUCUUCGGGGCGCUUGGGAUCGGAUACUUCUCCAACCGAUACGGGCGCAAGCCGUCCAUGUUGGCGGCAGGUGUCAUCUACCUCAUCGGCAGUGUCAUCCAGGCUGUUGUCGGACUGGGAACGAACGAGGCGACGGCUCUGAAGGUGCUCUAUUUUGCUCGUUUCUUCGCGGGCUUGGGCGUCGGUGCCGCAAGUGCCCUUAUCCCCGCGUACGUCUCCGAAUGCACACCCCGCGCGAUCCGUGGUCGGUGCACGGGGAUGAUCCAGCUGGCCAAUAACUUGGGGAUCAUGUUAUCCUUCUGGGUCAAUUACGGCGUCUCCAAAAACAUCGCCCCCACGUCCGAUCUGCAAUGGCGCAUCCCGUUCGCGGUGCAAGUCGUGCCUGGGAUGCUCUUCGUCCUCCUGCUGCCCUUCCAGCCCGAGUCGCCGCGCUACCUGGUCGAGAACGGGCGGCUCGACCGUGCCGCGCGCAGUCUCGCGCGCGCGGCGGGGACGGCGCCCGACGACCCCGCGGUGCUCGCCACGAUCGCGGAGAUCCAGGCGGACUUUGAGAACCGGACGCAGCUGUCCCUGUGGCAGCAGAUCAUGCACAUGGGCGAUUCGCGCACGAUUGCGCUGCGCUGCUUCAUCCCGUCCUUCGUGAUGUUCUGCCAGCAGUGGACCGGGACGAAUGCGAUCAACUACUUUAGCCCGACGAUCUUUGCCAGCCUCGGGAUCAACAGCACGACCUCGGGGCUCUUGGCGACCGGUGUCUACGGAGCUGUGAAAGUCGUCUCCGUGUUCCUCGUACUCGUCUUCGCCGUCGAAGGGUUGGGCCGCAAGAAGUGUUUGAUCAUCGGGGGCCUGGGCCAGGGGGCGAUGAUGCUGUGGCUCGCCGGAUACACGGGGAUCCACAAGCAGGGCCACAUCGUGCCCUCCAGCUACGUCUCGAUCGUCGCCGUGUACCUCUACGCUGUCUUCUACUGCAUCGGAUGGGGGCCACUGCCGUGGGUCGUCGCGGGCGAAGUCGCCCCGAACUACCUGCGCACAGGCGCCAUGUCCGUCGCCAUAGGCGUGAACUGGCUGUUUUCGUUCACCGUGUCGCGGCUGACGCCGAUCAUGCUCAACAGCAUCACGUACGGCACGUACCUCAUCUUCGGCCUGUGCUGCCUGUGCAUGGCGUUCUGGGCGUGGGCGUGUCUGCCCGAGACGACCGGCUACGCGCUCGAGGACAUCGGGCUGCUCUUCGAGGACCACGUCAUCCUGCGCGCGGUGCAGGACGCGCCCGGCGGCCGCUUCUUCCUCGGCGACCGCCGCGCACCGCCGAUCAAGCGCAACACCGAGUCGCCUGCCAGCGGGGAUGACGCGGAGGACGACAAGGGCAUGGUCGAGACGUUUGAGCACGGGGAGAAGAAGAAGCCUGCUCCUGUGUAGUAGCGAGUGAGCAGGGAGGCUUCUUUCUUUCUUUCAUGACACCACUAGCAUGUAGGACCACCCACACACUUGUAAAUGUAUGUACAUCAUCAUCGUCUCAUCACUGCCAUUC